ACAGUACGGGCGGCCCUGACAGUACCAUAUGGCAUCUCCACGUUUACCCCCACCAACACCGUGUAACAAACCAUCUCCCCCAUGUGGGCCAUAUGCCUGCCCCAUUUUUAUUUUGCUCGGCAUUUUAGCUAUCCUAAUUCUCAUCUACAAUUUAUUAACACCCAUUAUUAAUCUACGAAACGCUUCAUUGGAUAAAGAAGAUCUAUAAGUGAAAAGUGAUGUGAGGAACUGGUGGGCAAAGCGGGAACAUUAGUGGAUGUGAAUUUUUGUUGAAUAUUAUUGACUUAAGUAGAAUGGGAUGGAAUAGUAAAUGCGAAAAAAAGGAUGAUGCUGCGUUAUCUUGGGGAACCAAAAAGAAGAAUGAAGGAUUUGAUGUCGUUUUCAAGGAAAAUUCAGCAUUUGAAAUGCAUUAUAAGGCUCAAAAAAUCGUCCCUGAUGAUCAAUGGGAAUCAUUCAUGUAUGACUUAAGGGAACCUUUCCCUGCUUCAUUUAGAAUUUCUGGGUAUCGUAAUCAAGGAAAAGCUAUAUUGAAAACUAUGGAAGGGGAAUAUUUUAAGGCAUUGACUGAAGAACAAGCUAAACCUGAAUGCCUUACUUGGUAUCCUGAAGAUCUGGCAUGGCUACUGAGUCUCACUAGGAAAGAUACCCGUAAAUCUGAAGGUAAUGUGAAACUACACAAUUUCUUAGUGUCAGAAACUGAAGCAGGAAAUAUUAGUAGACAAGAAACUGUGAGUAUGAUCCCACCCCUUGUUCUUGAUGUCCAGCCCCAUCCCAAGGUUUUAGACAUGUGCGCCGCCCCCGGCUCAAAAACUAGCCAAUUAGUGGAAAUGCUACAUUGUGAUGAGGGAAAAGCAACAGGUUUAGUUAUUGCAAACGAUUCGAACAACAAAAGAUGUUAUCUGUUGACUCAUCAGUUGAAGAGACUGCCAUCACCAAAUCUGAUAAUUACAAACCAUGAUGCGUCUCUGAUGCCUAAUUUUCAUAUUCCUACUCCAGGAGGAGGGAAGGAUGUCUUGAAGUUUGACCAAAUUUUGUGUGAUGUGCCCUGUUCUGGAGACGGUGCUCUACGAAAAAACAACUUGGAUGUUUGGAUGAAAUGGAACAGCGCCAAUGGAUCAAGUCUUCACGGUUUGCAAUAUCGAAUUGCGCGACGUGGAGCUGAAAUGCUAUCGGUGGGUGGGAAAAUGGUUUAUUCUACAUGUUCGUUGAAUCCCAUGGGAAACGAGGCAGUCAUUCACCGCUUGCUAGUCGAAGCCAAGGGAUCGCUGGAAUUUAAAAUGAUCGCACGCAGUGAAAACAAGGGCACCGAUUGUGGAUAUCGUAUUGCCCAAGAGGGAGCGCUAGCAAUGAUGGAGUUCAUGAAGAAGAGACGAGUAGUAAUCACAAGAGCUGAUAUGACUAUGCUACUUUUGAACGACGACAUGAACACGCCACCGGAAAUUCAUUCGUUUAGUUCUGGUGCAGCCAAGCAGGUGCACGAAAUCGAUACUGGCAGUACGCUGAUGGAAUGUUAUGAGGAUGGACUUAAUAUAGUCGUAGUUGCUUGGAAGGGGAAAACGUCUGUUAGAGCACAUGUAGCAAAAUGUGAUCGGAUACAUUAUUUGCGCUUGUGUGGAGCUGACCUAUCGAAAUUCGAGGUAAAUAAGUUUGCGGAAAAAGAACGUGCAGCCCAAAAUGACCUAGAAGAAAAAGACGAAAAUCAAGGGCAAGAGGAUGUUAGUAUUGAUGAUUGAAUGUCGUAAGGUUCCUGUCGACAUGGAUAACGUAGAAAAAGAGAAUCCAGUUGAUAUGGACAACGCAGAAAAUCAGCUCCAGUUAACAUGGAUGUCGUCGUGAAAGAAGACGCGGUUGCGGAGUAAGGAGCAAUAAUUCUUUUCAGAAUUUAUUUUUCCAUUAACCUU